AUGAGGUUCACUACUUUCGUCGCCGCCGCAGCUUUCUCCAGCGCUGUCUUUGCCUUGUCUGCCAAGCGCGACCCCCAGGACGAUGUUGCCUCCAUCCUCGAGGCUCUUCGCGAGAACAACCCCGAAGACGCCGAAGCCGCCGCGGCCGUCAUGAACGUCAAACUUCGCGCUCGCGCCCCCGCACCUCAGGACGACCUCGACUCCAUCCUUGCUGCUCUUGAUGCCAACAACCCCGACGACGCAGCUGCCGCUCGCCAGGGCACCAAGCCCACCGCCUCCAAGCGUGAGCCCCAGGACGACGUUGCAUCGAUCCUGGCUGCGUUGGCAGAGAACAACCCCGAGGACGCCGAGGCAGCCAAGGGCGCGAUCCAGAAGAGGCAGGACGACGUUGCCAGCAUUCUCGCAGAGCUGGCCAAGAACAACCCUGAGGACGCAAAGGCGGCGCAGAGUCUGGCUAAGCGCUGGAUUGCUUAG